AUGGCAGAAGAUCGAGAAAUUUUGAAAGAGAUAUGGGAAGGAAAGAUUCCUGUCUGUUUUGAACUUGCAAAUGAGGAGAUUUACACAGUAGAGCAUCCUGAUCCUUUCUUUCUAUUGGUACCAAGACUGAGUUACUUUCCCCUUGUGACUGACAAAGUCUUUAAACAUAUGAUCAAAUAUGUAGAUCCAGACAACCACAGUGAAAUGUGGCUGGAAUAUGAGGGACAGCCUCUAAGAUGGCAUUAUCCUAUAGGUGUGCUGUUUGACUUGUAUGGUCACCAGAGUGAACUGCCUUGGAAACUCACUGUUCAUUUCCAGAAUUUUCCAGAAGAUGAGCUGCUGCAUUGCCCCAACAAGGACGCAGUGGAGUCCCACUUUAUGUCAGUGUUGAAGGAAGCAGAUGCCUUGAAGCAUCGAGGACAGGCCAUCAAUAGCAUGCAGAGAAAAGAUCAUAAAACAUUAUGGUCUGGAUUAAUGAACGACAAAUUUGACCAGUUUUGGUCGGUGAACAAGAAACUGAUGGAAAACAGCGGAGAAGAGGCUUUCAAAUACAUUCCAUUUAGAAUAUACCUGACCAGUAAAUCAUCAGAACAUGUUGUUAUACAAAAACUGGUAAAGCCUUCAGAAGAUACAGGGGAGAAUGUUACUCUGAGGCAUCUCUUGGAUGUUGCAGUUCCAGAUUUAUCAGAGAAAGGUGAGCUGGACAAAUAUCAUGUGGUAACUCAAGGCAUUGAACCUCUUCUAGAAACACCAGCCGUGUGGAUGAGUGAACAUUUGAGCUACCCAGAUAAUUUCUUACAUAUUUGCCUCAUACCACGUGUUGAAAAUGAGAGUUAG